UGUUCAUCCCCAGCAGUAUCUGGAGCCGGUGGGCGGUGCAGACCCCUGAAGACACCGACAGCCUGCGGAUGCUGACCAAAGGAUGCGAUUGGUCGGGGGGCAGCUAUUUUAGAGCGGUAUCACAUUUUGUAUUUGUGCAGGGAGAGGAGCCGCUACAGUGCAUCAGAUAAGGUGGGAGGACAACUGUAAGAGACAAACAGGUCUUCUUUGUCUUCAAAAGACAGACAACAAUAGUCUGUUUUCUUCUCCGGGAAAUAAGGAUUUGCUCUCUGCUGUUUUAGUUUGAGGUCCUUUUGGCCUCUUCAAGGACACUUGUGCAGACAGAUUGUGUUAGGGCACUGAGUCAUCUUUGGGUCGGUGGGAUAAAGAGACAAAGCAGCAGCUGUUGGAUAUGCGCAGACACACUGUGACCUGCUCAAGAUCUGCUUAUAUGAGUGUUGUACGGGCUUACUGCCAGGGAUGAUAUCGGCACAGAGAGGUGAUGCAAUUCUGUGAAAACUGUCACUUUAGAUUUACAAGUGUGAUUUACAGCUGAGGCCUUGCCUGACGCAUCUCUGGGAGGCAUCAGCCUGGAGACUACUGAUAGAGGAAUAAGAGGCCUUUGUAAACAAACACAUCUCAGCAUCCACUGUGCCUCCGCCGGUAGAUGCUCUUGUCUCUGACGCUCUUCCUGUGGAAGCUUUAUCGACAUUUCUCCAUCAUGUUCAGCUCAGACAGACUCACAGUCCCGGAGUAUGUCAGCCGGCUGCAGAGAGGAAGGAGCGGCUCCGGCUCCGAUCCCAAAGCGGUCUCUCCGGGGAUCAACGCCGACGUCCAGGCGGUCCUGGACAGCGCGCUCCCCGCCCUGCGCUCCGCCAUCAGGAGGCUCAAAUCAGCCAAGGAAACCUCCGAUUCAGAUGACACCCGCAGGGCCAUCGCUGAGCUCUACCAGCUAGUGGAGGAGGCCUGGGUUUUGCCCACCGUAGGCCGUCAGGUGGCCGAGGAGAUCUGCAACAGGAUCCGGCUGGAUGGAGGCCUGGAGCUGCUGUUACAGCUGCAACAGACACCUGCUGUGGAGAUCACCUAUGAGUCUGCAAAACUGCUGGAGCAGAUACUCAUAUCAGAGAACAGAGAUUAUGUAGCCCGUAUAGGUCUGGGGGUCAUCCUCAACCUGACUCGACAUCAGGAAGAUGCACAGCUGGCUCGCAGCGUCUCUGGAAUCCUGGAGCACAUGUUCAAACACACCGAGGAGACGUCUGUCCAACUCAUCUCUAACGGAGCCCUGGAUGCCCUCCUCUACUGGUGCCGAGGCACAGAUCCCACUGUGCUGCGCCACUGCGCUGUGGCACUGGCAAACUGUGCCAUGUACGGAGGCCACCGCUGCCAGCGAUGGAUGAUUGAGAAACAGGCAGCUGAGUGGCUUUUCCCGCUGGCCUUUUCCAAAGAGGAUGAACUCAUUCGCUUCCACGCGUGUCUGGCUGUGACUGUGUUAGCUGCAAACCGAGAAAUCGAGAAAGAGGUGGUGAAAUCUGGAACCUUGGAACUGGUGGAGCCAUUCAUUGCGUCUUUGGAUCCGGAUGACUUCGCCCGCAGUUUACUGGACAGUGCAGACUGCAUGCAGGGGAAGACAGCGGCUGAUCUGCAGCAUCUUUUGCCUUUACUGGAUGGUACAAGACUGGAGGGAAAGUGCAUUGCGGCCUUUUACCUUUGUGUUGAGACCAGCAUCAAGUCUCGUCAGCGCAACACCAAGAUAUUCCAAGAGAUCGGAGCGGUGCAGAGCCUAAAAAGAAUUGUGAUGUACUCCAGUAAUGGCACAGCCUGUUCCCUCGCCAAGCGGGCACUGAGCAUGAUGGGGGAGGAAGUGCCCAAACGUAUCCUGUCGUGUGUGCCCAACUGGAAAACCUGUGAAGUGCAGACGUGGCUGCAGCAGGUUGGCUUCAGUGCCUAUUGUGACCGAUUCCAGGAGCUCCAGGUGGAUGGAGACCUGCUGCUGAACAUCACAGACGAGGAGCUGAGAGCCGAUCUGGGAAUGACUGCAGGCCUCACUCGCAAGAGGUUUCUGAGAGACUUGCGUGUGUUGAAGACUUACGCCAACUACUCCACAUGUGACCCAAACAACAUGGCUGACUGGUUAGUAGAUGUCGACCCUCGUUUCCGUCAGUACACCUACGGCCUGGUCCAGUCAGGAGUGGAUCACAACAAUGUCCAGAACCUGAACGAUGUGCAGCUCCAGCAAGACUGCCACAUACACAACGGAGUCCACAGAGCCAAAAUACUCUCUGCCAUGCGCAGGCCUCUAAAACCAUGCCACACCGACGCCCAGCCUGCAGGGCCCGACGUGUUCAUCAGCUACCGUCGGACCACUGGCUCCCAGCUGGCCAGCCUCUUGAAGGUGCACCUGCAGGUUCGAGGAUACAGCGUGUUCAUAGAUGUGGAGAAGCUGGAGGCCGGUAAAUUCGAGGACAAACUGAUCCAGAGUGUACAGCGGGCGCGCAACUUCAUCCUGGUCCUGUCUGCCAAUGCGCUCGACAAGUGCAUGGGUGACAAUGACAUGAAGGAUUGGGUGCAUAAGGAGAUUGUCACAGCCCUGGCUGGUAAGAAGAACAUAGUUCCUGUCACAGAUAAUUUCCUGUGGCCCGACCCCAUGUCUCUGCCAGAGGACAUGAGAGCCAUCCUCAACUUCAACGGCAUCAAAUGGUCCCAUGAAUAUCAGGAGGCCACCAUCGAGAAGAUCCUACGCUUUCUGAAAGGACACAAUGACCAAAUCGACAGCGCAGAUGCCUCAAAAGCGCAGAAGAAGAAAUAAACCAACAUGAACAGUUUGAUCUCACCUAUAAUGACUUCAAAUGAUGCCAAAUUCCACAUGGCCUAUGGUGAACAGGCCGGCAGCUUUCCCUGCUCUGCCCCAAUGCAUGUGAAAUGAAUCUGAUUGUGUUUAUCUUACAUGCUCAAAGAAAGACCUAAUAUACUGCAAACAUUAAGAGGAGAUUGAAAGGGGAUUUCAGAUUGUAUAUAAUAAACUGUAAGCCUUUAAUGAUAGUACCCUCAUACUGCUGUACAUGUGUAAUCAGGUACCGUACACGCCUUCCGUCUCUCAGGAAAAUAACUGUGAUAGAUCAGCCAUCAGUGGCGCCCCAGCAAAAUCAUCAAUAGCAAUUCACUAAUCACUAACAUUAUAUGCAAUCAGCUUCCGUUUAACUCUUACUGUACAUUCACAGGACCAAAGCAGGUCUCUGAUUUUACUGACAUUUGUGUUUAAUGUUCGGGUUGAUGCAUUGGAUUGUUCAUGAUGAGAGUUUCCACGGUGGCAUAAUCUAAACCGAAGGAAUGACAUAUUGUACAGAAAUAAUCGAGCUACAUGUUGCAGAGCUGCACCCCUUAUUUAACCAAAUAAAGAUCGAAGGAGUGUACAGGCAACGACAAAUACCCAUGUAGUAUUAAAUGUUUUCUUCCUUCUGUAUAAUUAACUUUGAAUUGACGUAUAUGAACUUACAGAAGUCAAAAAUGCACCGUUGACUCCUUGAAAGUGAAAAUGACUCCAUCUGUGUUACAGUGUCUUGUCGACUGCCAUUAAAACAUAGUGUGUUACAUUAAACUACCAUUUAAUAUUGCUGACUUUAGGUUUCUUUGUUGUCACAGUGUUAUCCGCUUUCCUUGCUUCGUUAGUGUAUCUAAUGGAAACUAAAAGAAAUCCAGCAAUAUACAAGACACACUGAGGUUUGUAAAAAUAUGAAACGUAACAGGCAGAUUACGUCUGCGCCUGUGCACCUGCGUACAUCACAAAUUAGGUAAGAAAAACCUUUGUGAUAAAUAUGUGAUGAAGCAUCUCUUCUUUCUCAAAGCAGUCAUCAAGAUGUGUUGAUCACAUAUUGUCCUGUUAAAUUACAGCCUGAAUGCUACAGCUGUUCUGCAGGGCUUUUGUCUGACCUUACCUUUAUAUUGUUCAACUCCAAUGUCCCUCUCAAACCUUUUAUUAAAGAUAUACUAUGCAGGAUUUUCCUAAAAACAAUAAAU